AAUCCUCAUCCUCCUCAUCGAAAUCCGCAGUUAAAUUUUCUGAAAGAGGAAAAAAAAAAAAAGAGAGAGAGAGAAUUCUUUUGAUCUGUGUUUGGGAAGGAAGUUGCAGGUUUCGGGCAUUGCACCAAUUGGAUCCGACAACGUACGGCUUUGUCGGCCCCACCACCCGCCCGCUUGAAUGUGACUUCCCUCCUCUCCAUCAAACAAACAACUCAACUUUUAAUUCGGCACAUUAGUAAAGCAAGGGCUUUUGAAACUCUGAAACUGGGUUUUAAUUAGUUAAAAAGAAAAGAAAAAAAAAGAAUAUAUUUAUUAUAGUUAAAUUUAAAAAAUGGGGAGCUGUGUAUCAACCCAUGCAAAAAUAGUGCCGACAACAAGGAAGAAACACCAUCGUCGGCACUUCAGAAAGUCGAAGGGCAGAAUUGUAAAUUCCAUAGCCGACAGCGUGAAAAAGCAUCACGGCAACGGCGGCGGAGGCGGAGUAACGGACUACGCCGUUAGUGAAUUUGUUCAUUUGGAUUUCGAACACGGCGCCACGACGACAUGUCGGCGCUCCGAGGUUUCCAAUUCUACUUUCCACCUCACCCAGUUGCAGUGGCAGCACAGCCAGUUCGAUGCCAAUGGGAUUUGCCAAGAGGAGUUGUGGUAUGAUUCUGUGAGCUUAGUGGAUCAGUCUGAUUCUGACGAUGAGUUCAGUAGUGUACAUGGAGCAGAUCUGGUAGAUACAGACGGAUUUUCAAUAGUGGGGAAUGCAAUGGAGAACCUACAAAGUGGGCAAGUCCUCCAAUUUGAAAGAUCAGCAGCCUGUUUUAUGGAGAACAGGUGCAAAUAUGAAGAGUUUUGUGAGAGCUACAUGAAAAUUGAUGGAGGGAAGGCAAAGAAAAUGAUAGGGAAGGAGAACAACAUAGAGGAUUCCAGCACCUAUGCCAUUGUGAGUGCUCCUGGGUAUGGCCUCUCUUGCCUUGCAAAGGCUGAAGCAAAGAAGAAACUUUUGGACCAUUCCUAUGGAAGCUUUAAGGGUCUCAAAGUUGAUGCCCAUGAGGACAACUCUAGCUUCAGAAAAUUGGUGUCUGCUGCAAGUUUCAAUGAGAAGAUCUUGAACUCCUCUCACCCUUCUCACCCUCCUCAUAAGAUGCAAUCCGCCGUCUAUAGGCUCUCCUUCAGGCGGAGAUCGUGCGAUGGAGGCGAACCAAACGAACAUUGCGAGUCCAAAAAGUACCUAUAUCGUCCACGAGCUGGGCACAUAAUUCCACGGUUCAAGGGAGAGAAACCAACUCCUGGCUGUUGGUGUGAAAUUCCACCCUCAUCCUUUAAACUUCGUGGUCCAAACUAUUUCAAAGAUAGAUUAAAGUCCCCUGCUUCUAACUUCAGUCCAUACGUCCCGAUCGGUGUCGAUUUAUUCCUAUGUCCCAGAAAGAUCAACCACAUUGCCCAGCACCUCGAGCUUCCCAACAUUGCAGCCAACACGACCGAUGUCCCCCCCUUGCUCAUCGUAAAUAUUCAGCUGCCUACUUAUCCAGCUGCAAUGUUCCUUGGAGAUAGUGAUGGGGAGGGGAUGAGUCUUGUUUUGUAUUUCAAAGUUUCGGACAAUUUCGACAAGGACAUCUCUAGUCAUUACAAGGAAAACAUCAAGAAAUUUAUCGACGACGAGAUGGAAAGGACUAAGGGAUUUACCAAAGAGUCGGUUUUUCCAUUUAGAGAAAGACUAAAGAUCAUGGCUGGACUUGUUAACCCAGAUGACCUCCAGCUAAGUUCCACAGAAAAGAAGCUCGUGAAUGCCUACAACGAAAAGCCCGUCCUCUCGCGCCCUCAACAUAAUUUCUUCCAGGGUUCAAAUUACUUCGAGAUCGACUUAGAUAUUCAUCGCUUCAGCUACAUAUCGAGAAAGGGACUCGAUUCAUUCCGAGACCGUUUAAGGAACGGAGUAAUCGAUUUGGGAUUGACGAUCCAGGCACAGAAGCCAGAGGAAUUGCCAGAACAAGUUCUGUGCUGUUUAAGGUUGAACAAAGUUGAUUUUGUGGAUCAAGGCCAGCUUCCAACAUUAGUUACUCUUGAGGAGGAGGAUUGAGAUUAUAAAAAAAAAAAGAAAAAAGAUGAGCUAAAUUGACCAAAUUGCCAUUGGCAGACUCCUCUUCACCUUUGUAAAUUAAUGGGAAAUGGUUGUUUUGGUAAAAUCCAAGCUGUUCUUAGAUAUAAUUUCACCACCCCACACCCAACAAUAAUGGCAACUAUUUUUCAUUUUUCUUCCUCUUGUA